AUGAAGUUACGCAUUGAUAUUACUAUUACCGUUGGAUUUUUGGUUUGCUUUGCUUUGGUGGAUUCCUUAGAUUCAACAUGGAUAUUUAGAGAUAUUAUAAAGACUGUAAGUAAAUCUGGUACACAAGUUGGGGGAAACACAAACGAUGUUCAGGCUUGGCCGGAUGAACGUGUCCGUCUUAAUGGCUAUCCCUCGGAAUCACAUUUUGUUACAACUCCCGAUGGUUAUGUUUUAAACUUAUUCCGCAUACCGUAUUCAAAUAAAUUACAAAAUAAAGAUUCAUAUCGACCGGCCGUUUUGCUCCAGCAUGGUAUGGUCAGUAAUUCGGAUGCUUGGUUGGCGGGUGGUCCUGACAAUGCUUUGGCUUAUUUACUGGCCGAUGCUGGUUUCGAUGUAUGGUUGGGUAAUGCCCGUGGUAAUAUUUACUCACGUCAAAAUGUCGCAAUUUCAACUAAUAAUCCCAAAUUCUGGUAUUUUGAUUGGCAUGAAAUCGGCAGCAUUGAUGUUCCCACCAUGAUUGAUUAUAUCAUUGACCAGACCGGACAACCGAAGAUCCAUUAUGCUGGCCACUCUCAAGGUACCACGGUGUACUUUGUCAUGAUGUCUGAACGCAAGGAAUACAAUGAGAAAAUUAAAUCCGCCCAUAUGUUGGCACCAUGUGCCUUCUUUGCACACGGCUCUUCGCAAAGUUUCACUAAUAUUCUCUCUAUGGUCGGUGAUCCGGGAACUAUUUGGAAUAAAGUUUUCGCCAAUAUGGAAAUGUUACCAUACAAUCGUUUAAUCAAUCGUGCCGCAGAUACAGCUUGUGGCUUAGAACCGGCUUUGAAAUUCCUCUGUCGCAAUAUGUGGCUAUUGUUUGCCGGUAAUGGUUUUCAAAAUACCAACGUGACGGCUAUGCAAGAAUUGAUUGAAACUCAUCCGGCUGGUGCAUCCACCAAUCAAAUGAUUCACUACAUCCAGUUGGGUGAACAAAGUAUUGGACGUUUCUGUCAAAUGGAUUAUGGUGAAAAGAAAAAUCAAAAGAUAUACGGCCAGUCGUCGCCGCCAGAUUAUGAUUUGGAAAAUAUUCGUGCUCCAACAUAUUUGUAUUCGAGUGAAAAUGAUAAUUUCUGCACCGCUAAGGAUGUUGAUACAUUGGUGGCGAAAAUUAAGAAUUUGGCUGGAGAUUAUCGUAUACCUGAACAAAGCUUUAAUCAUUUGGACUUUAUUGUUGCCAAGAAUAUGCGGGAAAUGGUCAAUGAACCAGUCAUGGUGCAAUAA